AUGUCACUCAGACGCUCGGCACGCACAGCCAGUAUUCCAUUGAAAAGCGGCAUGACCACUAGAGCUUCCAUUUCAGAUCCCAAACGGCCAUUGACUCCUGAUGAUGAACCACUGACAGUGUCCAAGAGAUCCAAGCGCCACUCAUCUCGAAAACCGAGCACCACUACAGCAGAGCCCACUAGCUUCAAGGUACCUCUACCUCCCUCGAGGCCUAAGCGCAAGCACACUCCUCCUACAGAAACAGAUGAACCUCCUCCACUAACACCUACUCCGUCUCUUGUCGGUCUGAUCAGCGCCCCAACCUACAGCUCUGGUGACAUUGACAAUGCAACGCCCCCACCACCUUCCCGGCCAGCAGACCCACAUAUUAGCAAUGCAACACUUGUCACACCAGGCGGGACACAAGCAACAGCAUAUUCCUCAUAUGUUCCAGAAUCCUCUCCUUCGAAACUCGGGCUAAAAGGUCCUUCUCACCCCACCUCCACAGCCUCCAACCUUCUCUCCCAGGCUUGCGCCCACCUAAUAUCUGUCGAGCCCAAACUCGCCCCCCUGAUUCGCAAACAUACCUGCCACAUAUUCUCUCCUUCCGGGCUAGCCGAAAAAAUCGAUCCUUUUCGGUCACUCGCUUCGGGAAUAAUGGCGCAGCAGGUAUCUGGCGCAGCCGCAAAGUCCAUCAAGAACAAAUUCAUAGGUCUGUUCAACGGUGAUGAUCCUCCGCAAUCAAACUUUCCAACUCCAGUGCAGGUUGUUGCAACAGACAUUUCAAGGCUCCGAUUAGCCGGCUUGAGCCAGAGAAAGGCAGAGUACAUACAUGGCUUAGCGGAGAAGUUCGCCACCGGUGAACUAUCUACCAGCAUGCUCCUUCAAGCCAGUGAUGAGGAAGUAAUGGAGAAAUUGAUCGCAGUCCGGGGUUUGGGCAAAUGGUCCGUCGAAAUGUUCGCCUGCUUUGGCUUGAAACGCAUGGACGUCUUCUCGACUGGUGAUCUUGGGGUACAACGAGGGAUGGCGGCGUUCAUGGGGAAAGAUGUAAGUAAGCUGAAGGCCAAGGGCGGGGGAAAGUGGAAGUAUAUGUCUGAGAAGGAUAUGCUGGAGGGAAGUGAGAAAUAUCGACCAUAUCGAAGCUUAUUCAUGUGGUAUAUGUGGAGGGCAGAGGACGUGGACGUGAGUGCUGUGGAGGGAAACGGGGAGGGCGCUGCAUCUGUGUAG